AUGAUAUACCUUGGAUGUGUCCUGUUUCUUUGUGGGUUUACGCAUGCCAUACCAAGUUAUCCUAUCUGGUGGUCCCUAGCGGUGGGCCACCAGUACUCGUCCCUGGGCUCCCAGCCCAUCCUGUGUGGCUCCAUCCCUGGCCUGGUGCCCAAACAGCUGCGAUUCUGCCGAAACUACGUGGAGAUCAUGCCUAGUGUGGCCGAGGGGGUGAAGAUCGGCAUCCAGGAGUGCCAGCACCAAUUCAGGGGCCGCCGCUGGAACUGUACCACCAUCAACGACAAGGCCAUCUUUGGACCAGUGCUUGACAAAGCCACCCGGGAGUCAGCAUUCGUUCAUGCCAUUGCCUCAGCGGGGGUGGCGUUCGCAGUGACGCGGUCCUGCGCCGAGGGCUCAGCCACCAUCUGUGGUUGUGACACACGCCACAAGGGCCCACCUGGCGAGGGCUGGAAGUGGGGCGGAUGCAGCGAGGAUGUGAAUUUCGGCAGCAUGGUGUCCCGGGAGUUUGCAGACGCCCGUGAGAACCGGCCCGAUGCGCGCUCCGCCAUGAACCGCCAAAACAACGAGGCGGGACGAACGUCUCUGAACGACAACAUGUUCCUGAAGUGUAAGUGCCAUGGCUUGUCAGGCAGCUGUGAGGUGAAGACGUGCUGGUGGUCCCAGCCUGACUUCAGAGUUAUCGGAGACUACAUGAAGGACAAGUACGACAGCGCAUCAGAGAUGGUGGUGGAGAAGCACAAGGAGUCCCGCGGCUGGGUGGAGACUUUGAGACCCAAGUUCACCUUCUUCAAACCGCCCACGGAGCGAGACCUGGUCUACUACGAGAGCUCGCCCAACUUCUGCGAGCCCAACCCAGAGACAGGCUCUUUCGGGACGCGCGACCGUGCCUGUAACCUGACAUCACACGGCAUCGACGGCUGCGACCUGCUGUGCUGCGGCCGGGGACACAACACCCGGACGGAGGAACGGAAGGAGAAGUGCCACUGUAUCUUCCACUGGUGCUGCUACGUCAGCUGCCAAGAGUGUGUUCGAGUCUAUGAUGUUCACACCUGCAAAUAGAUAGGGCCUUUGGGACCGCUCUUUCUGCACAUCACCAAAUGUAUUUUUUUUAAAUACUUCAACGUAUAAAAGAGGAAGCUACUGUACGAGCCGGGCUCAGAGAAAUUGAGAGGCUUUGAUUGGACUUUGAUCAAGCAUUAGUUGACUUGUCUGUGGAUUCAGCUACAGUACAGUCACCUAAUAGGCAACCAAGAGGGCGGCCUGUCAUGUGAUGCUGUGGUGUCAGCCGCUCUUAGAAUGCUGAGGUAGUUCUAGAAUACAGAGGUGGACUCAUGGAGGCUCUAUUCAGAAAAUCAACAUAGUUAUGUUGAUGUUGAUGACCACCAUCUCAUCGAUAUGUUGAUGACCACCAUUUCAUCGGUAGAGGCAAAAGAGGAGACCAUUACAGAGUGAACUAUGAGUAGCCAAGGAGUGACUUUCAGUGACUUCCAGAAAGGUGUUUCAAGGCCUUGGUUUCCUUCCUGACACAACAAAAGAAAACUGUAGGUUGUAUAUGGCUACAUAAACUGUACUGUUGACAAGCACCAUGUUGGUGAAAAGUCUGUAUUCUCUAUGUAGACUCCUUCAUGUAUAGCAGAACAGCACUGUCUAAACCUUUAGGACACCAUACAAUCUAUUUUUCUAAAUAUUAAGUGGCACUCUGCUCUGCUUAUGAGUUUUAUAUAUCUACAAAAAAAGAACAGCAUUUCUGAGCUGUGUUCACAACUUUGUAUGACCAUGGUGCACUCAAAAGCACACAUUCUACUCGAUAUUUGCAGUAUGUAAGUGGUAACUAACUUUUCAACUGUUUUAUGAUACAUAUAGUGUUAACAUGUUACUAAUGUUGGGAUUAGAAUGCACUUGCACCUAAGUGAAUGUAGUUUUUACAUUUCUAUGUUCAUGUAUUCUCAAAUCCUGUCUUUUUUCGUCUGUGGUAUGAAGUAGGAUUACUCUGAUCACAAAAAGCACAUGAGCACAAAUCAACCAAAUCAAACAGGUUUGAAAAUAAUUUAUGUUUAUCCCUAUACAAUCUUCUAUCAAUGUCUCGUUGGGAACCCUGCUACAACUGCAAGCUCUUUGAAGAAAGUUUCCAAGAGUUGGCCAUAGAACGAUAGAUGAUAAAAAACAAAGUUUAGCCCAAAGACAAAUUACUUUCAGCUGGAGGAGGAUGAGGUGGUCAGAGAGUCUAAAGUGAGUUUGAAAGUUCAGCACUUGUGUCUAAUUGAAGAGAAUAAAGCUUGUUCUACUCGUUUUUAUCAGUGUUAGUAACCGUUCAGCAGAACACAGUAUGUGUAUCACCACGUGUCCCGGUGCAGACAGACCCAUGCUAUUUAGUGUUUGAAAAUGAAAAUAUGUGAAAGAGACUGGCCCACUAGUGUAAUUCUGUUUUCAUUAUGCCCAUGAAUGCAUGUAUACAGUCUUACUGUUUCCUAUCUGUAAGCUAUUACUAACUGUAAUCUGAAAUGCUUCUCAGAGUAUACUUCGUACUUUGUACAGUAUGUUAUGAACAGCAAUCUGAUGUCAAGUGGUAACCCAGCUGUAGUUUCUGUAAAACGAUGACCAAAAUCUGUGUAUCAGAUUCUGAUUCCUGGCUUAUAGAUAGAUGUAGGUUCUUAAUUUGAUCAACCUGUUUCAGGAGAACCUUCCUGCAAUACAGGACAUUUCAAACGUGUAGUGUAUUUAAGGUUUAAAAAGGCUUCGGAAGUUUAUAAUUUCCACUUUCAAAUUAGAUUUUCCCAUACAAAAAAUGUAUCAACCACUACAAAAAUGUCCAUUAAUUAUAAUCCACAUAAUAAUUCACAAACUGGUUCAAAUUAAGAUCCUACAUCUGUUUUCUUUCUCCUCCAACCUUACAAACUGCAGCAUCACUGAAACGAUCAAGAUUUCCCCUUUGUAUGCUGCUAAUUAUACAUGUAUGUAUGUAUUUAUGUAUGUAUGUAUGUAUGCAUGUAUGUACACUACAUGACCAAUAGUAUGUGGACACCUGCUCGACAAACAUCUCAUUACAAGUUCAUGGGCAUUAACCCUUUAGAGUCCAAGCCCUGUCUAAGCCGGGGGAU